AUGACAGAUGAUAUAGAUCAGAUAGAUGAUUCUAUCUUAGACUCUGAUUCUGAACUUCCCCCUCAACAAAAACAACCACCUUCUAAUAUUCCACCAUCUUCAUCCACCAUCUCAAAAGGAAAACAACCAUUUCAAUCCCCUGAACCUAUCAUUCUGAACCCUCCACCUCUCAAUGUUAUCUUCCCACCUAAUAGCUUCUCCGCUUCACAACCUCAACCUUCUCAACCUCAAUCAUCUUCUCCCCAACCUCAACCAACAUCUCCAAUAUCUAACCCUCAACCAGCAGUUGACAUUCCUGUCUUAUGUGAUUUUUCUAGACCAUCCUCUCCAUCAUCUAAUUCUCUCUUUCACCACCUUCAUAGCCAAGAUCCUUCUUCUGAUCCCUCAGUUGUCAUUAUUGACUCUGAUCAUGAAUUGGAAAACUCUAGGACGUGUUUACCAAAGAGCUGCAAGCUGAAGUUCUGGAUCUUCAGAAAAUCUGUCUCUGAAGCUCCUGGUCCAACUGGUCUAGCUCUGGACUUUGGUCAUUGGAAGGCCCUUCAGGAUCUCAAAAAGUGGAACUCUUUGCAGGCUGAAUCUUCUACAGCUGCUGCAUCUGAGGCUGAUGAGAUGGAGCUUGAUUCUGAUGAGAUGGAAGUUGACAAUCCUCUGCCUAUGGUGGUCUGA